AUGCAGGCGGUCUCGCUGUCGCGGCCAGCAUGCGGGUGCUCCAUCCAGGCCAAGCUCCCCGCGCGCGCGGCCCGGGGGGCGGCUGUGCGCCCCGCUGUGCGCCCUGGAGCGCGCAUGAACGCUCUCCGCGCGAACGAUGGCAAUGAUCGGGCGGAACGCGUCGAGAGCGGCCCCGGGCGCCAUUGGAGGUCGGCGGCGCUCCCUGCGGAAGACUCUGCGCCCGAGGGGGCCGGCGCGGUGUCGCGCGUCGUCGCGAAGCUCGCGGAAAUGCCCCGCGCCGCUCUGAUCGGCGUCUGCGUCUUCUUCCUGAGCCUCUGCGGGACCGUCGGCGCCGCGGAGGCCGCCAGGUCCGGUGGCCGCGCAGGAGGGUCCGCGUUCGCGGCGCGCCGCACGAGCUACACCUCGGGCUCGUCGCUCGCGAAGAGCUCGUCGUCGUCGCUGUCGUCCUCGCCGUCGUCGUACGGGCCCCGCACGACCACGCACCGGCACACCCACGUGCACGUCGGCCCCUCGUUCGGGCUGAGCUCGUUCUUCUUCCCUGGCUUUGGCUUUGGCAUGGGGUACGGGUUCAACCCCUUCGGACCGCUGUUCCAGAUCCUCACCAUCAUGUUCCUGGCCUACACCGCCUACCAGUUCUUCGGCAACAACGCCCUCGGCGACGGCGGCGACGACGGGUACUUUGGCUCGGAGAAGAUCUCGACGAUGAAGCUGCAGGUCGGGCUGAUGGCGACCGCGGCGGACAUCAAGCGCGACAUCGAGAAGCAGGCCAAGCGCACCGACACGUCGGACCCGGAGUCGCUCCACUUCUUCCUCCAGGAGGUCGUGCUGUCGCUGAUGCGCAACCAGGCCAAGUGCGUGUACGGGCACUCGGAGGGCAAGGUCGUCACGGGCCUGGACAAGGGCGAGGAGGCGUUCAACAACAUGAGCCUCAUGGAGCGGUCCAAGUUCGAGGAGGAGACCUUCGUGAACUACUCGGGACGGUCCAAGACGCGGACGUUCGCGGGGGGCAAGCGCGACGACCCCAACGAGCUCAUCAUGGUCACCAUCCUCCUGGCCGUGGAGGGCUCCGUGAAGCCGCCGAAGGUGAAGGACCGCACGACGCUGCAGCAGACGCUGACGCAGCUCGGGGGCCUGUCGACCUCGCAGGUGGUGGCGUGCGAGGUGCUGUGGACGCCCCAGGCGGACGGCGACACGUACUCGCGUGACGACCUCAUCACCGACUACCCGUACAUGCAGACGUUGUAG